AUGAAAAAGUCACAUUGGGAGCAGCCAUUCCAAGUGAAUGCAGAUAUAAAUUCGAAGCAAGAAGAAGAGAGAAUUAAACAAAAGAAAAGGAAGAUACAGCAAGAUAGGCAACAAGAUAAGCAACAAGAUAAGCAACAAGACAAGAAACAAGACAAGAAACAAGAUAAGAAACAAGACAAGAAACAAGACAAGAAGCAAGACAAGAAACAAGAUAAGAAGAUACAAUACAAGAAUUCUUUUAUUGUGAACUCUGUUCAUCUUUUAAUCUAUUCAUAUUUGCUGAACUGUGUUUCUGAUAUGCUUUAA